GCAUCACACUCUUGAGUUCUCGUUCUGCAUCGAAUUGAAUCCGACCCGCGUCUCAAAUCGAAGCAGGUCCACCGACACGAAUUAUAGUUCUUCAAUUCAGAUACGAGCUGACAGAGAACAAUGGGUGUUGAUUUGAAGUGCAGCGCUGAUUUCUGCUUGAUCCCGAUGGGAACAGAAACCGCAUCGGUGUCAAAGUACAUUGCCGAAGUGCAGGUGCUGAUCCGAAGCUCGGGACUCAAGUACGCGAUGCACUCCGCCGGGACGACGGUCGAAGGGCCGUGGGACGAGGUUAUGACGUUGAUUGGGAAAGCGCACGAGCUGAUUCAUAAGCUUGGGGUUCCCCGCGCGCAGUCUGAUAUAAGGGUUGGAACUAGAGUUGACAAGAAGCAAUCAUUCACCGACAAGGUUGCGGUUGUGGAAGAGAUUUUGAGAAAGAAAGCAGAAGACGAAGCGAAAUGAGAGAGCAAAAAAAGAGCAAAUGAAUCCAUUACCAAGAAGGCGCCACAUAAAAUGAAAGAAAUUAUCACAAAGCAAAAAGUAGCACCACCGCGAGCGAAAAGAACUCCAACGUUAAAUAUCUAUAGGUGAGUAGCCCGCUAAUUAAAACUGACGCUCG